GCAAUUCCACCUGUUGUGCUGCUGUGCUCUGCAGUAGAUAAACAAAUAUCCUGAAAAAACGAAGAAAUUAACAUGUUGCACAAAUUGCAAACUGCGGCAAUGCGUUCCCGGCGUUUCGCCUCCGCUUGCACCAACGCUGGCCCAAAAGUGGUACAUCGCCAGAUCAAUAAACUACUCAUAGCCAAUCGUGGAGAAAUCGCGUGUCGUGUGAUGCGAACAGCCAACCGGCUCGGCAUUCGUACGGUUGCUGUAUUCUCCGAUGCGGACGAAAAAUCGCUCCACGUAAAACAAGCGAACGAAGCGUACAACAUUGGCCCUGCUGCAUCUCAACAGUCCUACCUUCGGGGGGAUAAAAUUUUGGCCGUGGCCAAAAAAGCAGGCUGUCAAGCAAUUCAUCCCGGUUAUGGAUUUCUGUCGGAGAAUGUGGAGUUCGCUGAGUUGUGCCAACAGGAGGGAGUAACCUUUAUCGGUCCACCGGCAAGUGCCAUCCGAGAUAUGGGCAUUAAGAGCACUUCCAAGCACAUUAUGUCCGCCGCAGGUGUACCGAUCAUCAACGGGUAUCACGGAGAAGAUCAGUCAAACGAGAGGCUUAUGCAAGAGGCACAAAAGAUAGGGUUUCCGCUUAUGAUCAAGGCGGUACGUGGUGGUGGAGGCAAAGGAAUGCGCAUUGCUGAAACGGAAGCAGAUUUUAUGCCCAUGUUGCAAUCUGCCAGGACCGAAUCGGAGAAGGCUUUUGGUGAUAGUGCAAUGCUGCUGGAACGCUAUGUACGAUCGCCAAGACACGUGGAAGUACAGGUCUUUGGCGACCAUUACGGCAAUGCAGUUUACCUAUACGAACGAGAUUGUUCAGUGCAACGGCGACAUCAGAAGAUUAUUGAAGAAGCGCCCGCACCGGGACUAUCUGAAGAGCUACGAAAACAGCUCGGCGAAGCAGCAGUUCGUGCCGCUAAAGCAGUAAACUAUGUCGGUGCUGGAACGGUAGAAUUCAUUCUGGACAAAGAAGAUCUAUCGUUCCACUUCAUGGAAAUGAACACACGCUUGCAGGUGGAACAUCCUAUCACGGAAAUGAUUACCGGGACGGAUUUGGUGGAAUGGCAGAUAAAGGUAGCUGCAGGCGAGCCUCUACCGGUAAUGCAGGAAGAUAUCGUUAAGCGCGGGCACGCUUUCGAAGCUCGUAUCUACGCCGAAGAUCCAGCCGGUGGCUUUUUGCCAGGUGCCGGUCCUUUGGACUACCUAUCGACUCCAGAGCCAUCGAAUACAACGCGUGUCGAAACUGGCGUACGUCAGGGCGAUGAGGUAUCAAUCCAUUACGAUCCGAUGAUAGCAAAGUUGGUUGUUUGGGGUGAAAAUCGUGCCAGCAGUUUGCAGCUCUUGAUCGACCAAUUGACCAACUAUCAGAUAGCUGGUUUGCAGACCAACAUAAACUUUUUGAUCGAUCUUGCACGGCACCAUCAUUUCCAAGCUGCAGACGUACAUACGGGAUUCAUCGAGCAGCACAUGGAUACACUGUUUCCGAAAAAAGGAAUACCUUCGGAGAAGGUAGUACAGAUGGCAUUAGCCCACACACUAAACGAACGCGUACAAUCUGGUGCCAGUUUGGGAAGAAAAACUGCUAGCCCAUUCGAUGUUGAAUACGGUUUCCGACCGAACUAUGGUGUGGCAAGACAAUUGAAAAUAAAAAUCGGCGAUGUAGAACAUACGGUGGAAAUAAUGACGAACGCGGAAAGCACCUACUCCGUUCGUGUGGAUUCAGGUGAAUGGAUGAAGGUUACGGUCCGGCGCAAACCCUAUGUGCAUCGUUUUCUGCUAGAAACGAAUAUUGAGGGACACGUGUCGUGCUUUAACGCAGUCAUUUCGGGUGAAAAUAUCGCUCUUUUUGAUGAGAAUGGCAUGGUGGGAGGAGAAAUUGUUCAGCCACGUUUUCUCGUUACCGAAAGUUCGAUGGGUGGUGUCGAUGCUUCGAGUGUAAUCGCCCCGAUGCCUGGUGUGCUUGAUAAAUUGCUCGUCAAGCCAGGCGACAGUGUGAAGGUUGGAACGCCGGUUGCGGUGUUGAUCGCAAUGAAGAUGGAGCACGUCCUGAAGGCGGCAAAGGAUGGUGUGGUUAAAGCGAUCCCGAACGCAGAAGGUAGCAAUGUUCGCAAAGGCGCUAUCUUGCUUUCAUUCGAAUGAAUAGGUACAACCUAUUUGAAAAAUGAAAUGAAAACGAUCCUGCAUUUAAUCUGUUCUGAACAGUCUGACACAAAGUGCAUUUAUUAGAUAGUAAGCUGUAGAUCGGUAGAUCGGUGAGAUUCAAAUCAUUGAGAUAAUAUAGAAUAACACACAUUCUACCAUAUAGCGUUUAACGCUCUGAUAUAGAAGUAGUCAAUGAAAUUCUACGCAGGAAAACUAAUUUUAACGAACACACAUCGAAGCUAUUGCUACAGGAAAAAAAAUUACCCAAAUUUGAAGAAGUUAAAAAUUUAAAAACUCCCACGAAGUCCAACAGGACAGCGUUUAACGCAUCGCUAGUAAGACGAUUAUGAAUCAAAAUUUGUAAAACAGUUCUUCCGUGAAAGUAACUUUUACAUUCACACAAAGAGUGUACUAUUUUUUUCAAAUAACCUUGUUAAGUUAACAUUCCAAUAUAGAAGAUGAAUAAA